AUUUAUGAAUUGAGAGGGUUGUUAGGGUCGUUUUUGCCCCGCCCACAACAAUUGCUCGAGGUCAGUUGUCCUGUCACAGCCCCCGUCCAAGAAAUGUCGUUAUCUCUGUCGAGGUAAAAACAACUGUUCAUAAAACUGCGGUGUAUUUUGAAAAUAUCUAGUCCAGGGUAACAAGACGGUUAGUUAUGGCCGCUUAACUUUUGUGAAUAAGUUGCGGAACUAGUAGCAAAAUGCUUGCAGGCACGAGAAAUGGCUUACUGUCCGUACAGCGGGUUUCCAGUCGGUGCUGCCGUUUUGACGACAGGGGGCGCCAUUAUCACCGGCUGCAAUGUUGAGAAUGCCUCCUAUGGCCUUACUGUAUGUGCGGAGAGAACUGCAAUACAGAGAGCGGUCGCAGAAGGCUACCGAAGAUUUACAGCCAUAGCUGUCACAUGUGAUAUCAAAGAUAGUUUUGUGGGACCCUGCGGUGCUUGUCGACAGGUAUUAAUGGAGUUUGGCACAGAAUGGGACGUUUACCUCACUAAGCCAGAUGGAACCUAUAAGAAGACCAGUCUCAGAGAGCUCUUGCCUUUAGCGUUCACCCCAGCUCACCUGCAAAAGAACUAAAUGCAC